AUGGAUGUGGGACCGACUAUCGCUACACAAGACUUUCGCGAGGGUUUUGAAGAAGAUUAUAUUGUACAAGAUACGUCUAGUAACAAUACAUAUGUUAGGGUUGUCAAUCGUAAUGGGAACUUUGGUGGCUAUGAGUUUAAUGAUUUGGAGAGUCUUCUAAAAAAAAGAGCUGAUACUUGUGAGCAAGGUAAACAUUGCAGCACCAGCGAAACACGAUACUUUGGACCUUAUUCUAUAAUCUUUCCUAAAUACAACUAG